AUGACCUCUUGUCUCCUUAUUAUUGUUCAAUAUAAGGUGACCUCUGUUCCCCCUACUGAUUUACAAAAUCAGGUCACCUCUAGUUUUCCUACUGGUGUUCAAUAUAAGGUUUACAUGUGUACAUAUAAAGAAUUACAGAGUUGGAAUUUUGAACCCGUUGGCUUUCCAUAUGUUGCAGACAUGUCAGACAGAGAAUUAACAUAUGAUAGUUAUCUUGGAUUAGAUAAAUUGCUCCAAUGUCAGGAACUGGAGAGUGAAAAGGCUGGGAAUAAAGUCGACGAAGAACACCUUUUUAUCAUUGUCCACCAAGCGUUUGAGCUCUGGUUUAAACAAAUCCUUGUAGACCUCCAUUCAGUUGUAGACAAAAUUCAAGCACUUGAUGUAAGUAAAAGAGAUUUUGCUGAAAUACCAACAAAACUAGGACGGAUCAUUCUUAUUCAAAAGCUGAUCAUUGGUCAUUUUGAAAUAAUUGAAACGAUGCCUCCAGCCAUUUUUCUUAACUUUAGAAAAUACCUGCGAAGUGGAUCUGGAUUUCAAAGUCUACAGUUUCGUCUCAUUGAAAACACUCUAGGUCUUCGAAGGGAAGUAAGGAAAUCACACAAAGAAGGCAAAAGCUAUACAGACGAAUAUAACGAAAAACAAAGGGAAGAAGCAGAAAAGUCCGAAAAAGGGCCCUCUCUGUUUACAGUUCUGGAGGUGAUCA